AUUUCAGAUUGCGUCAGAGAUAGACACGAAGACUUAUUAUUUCAACCAUUGCUAAGAUAAGUCAUACAAGUGAAAUAUCCCCUCGAAGAAACCACAGCAGACCCAUCAGCAUGAAUCGAUUGUCUUUCAACUUGAUAUUCCUCGUACUGGCUUAUUCAGGAUUUGAGAACAUUCGAUCAGCUUGGAUUAACACGUGUUUGGUGAUUAAUGAAUACACUAAUGACUCGUGUUCCAAAUUCUACAAGUAUGGCUGCAACUGCGUGUUGAACAGGAUGGGUAUACCUGUUGAUGAGUUAGACCAUUGUUGUGUGAGACACUCCGAAUGCUACGGAAAACAAAAGUGUUCUGUGGAAGUUGUCACACCUGUCAAGUGCGCUAAUGGCAGUUGCAGUUGUACGGAACAUGACAUCAGCUCCUGUAGCUAUACAGGCUGUUUGUGUGAUAUCAGGCUAGGAAGAUGCCUUAAAAAGUUUCUAAAUACAUACAACAAUGAUAGUGUUGAGUUGUCAUCCAGAUGGUGCAGAGAGCUUACGCACAAGGUUCAAAAGGGACUCGAAGAGGGACAUUAGAGCUGCUUUGGCUAAACGCCCUGACACACUUAUGUUUGGCUUGUUUGGUCAUCUUUUGUGUUUGUUAUCGAUCCUUGUGUUGUUUGGAUUGCCAUCGAUUAAAGU